AAAACGUAUUGUUUAGUUGUCAGAUUAGAAAUUGUAAAAACAACAAAGUCUAAAACAAAAGAAUAUUUUUCGCUUUUUUCGACCAAUUCAAUUGUGCUAACCAAUGGAACCAGAGACCUAAAAACUAGAUGUACAAAAAACACACGUAACACCAAAAUCUAUGCAAAUUUAAAUCAUUUUGUGAUAUUACGAUUUUUGGUCAAUUUUAAAACAGAUUUUUUUGGAUCUUUGGCAGAGCAAGAACUAGAAGAACAACAACAACAACAACAACAACUAGCAAUGGGCAAUAUAUACACAACACAGCCAGAGCUGGUGGAGCAGCUGCAAAUGAAAAUGGACAAGGAGAAAUUCUAUCGGCUCUUUGGCAUACGCAUGGCUAACGAGGGCGAUGGCUAUGACCUAACCGGGGAGCGACGACACGAGAUACGGCUGGAGCAGGAGCAGCACGAGAAUCUGGAUGAGUAUGGCAAAUCGAUAUCCGUGGCGGAGAGUCGGCCCAUUAGCACCACGCCCACACCCGUAUCUUGGCUAGGCGGCCUGUCCUUUGUAGAACGGCUCGGCAAUCCGGGCACUGUGGCCGAGCUCCAUCGUCGCUGCCACGACAUGAUGCCGCAGACAUUCGACGGAUUCCGGUUGAGCGUCAACCGUACGCUGGGCAACUACCUCACCGUGGGCCACACGCUGCACGCGGGCAACAAACCGCAGUCGAUUGACUGCCAGUUCAAUUGCAGCUACCAGGGCGAUCAGCAGAACGAUCUGACCGGCGAGCCCUACCCGAUGCUAAUCAGCGAGGUAGACGCCCGCGGCAAUGUCACCGCCAACCUGAUGCACUUCAUAGCGCCGCGCUGGCGGGCCAAGCUAUCGGCGACCGUCCUGGACUCGAUGAUGCACAACUCGCGCCUGUUCCUUGACUACUUCGGCGAAGACUACAGCUGCACCUGCGUGCUGAGCAACAUCGAUGUGAUGCAGCGCAUGGGCGUCUUUGUCGCCUCGUAUCUACAGCAGGUAACGGCCCAACUGGCACUGGGCGUCGACAUCAUCUACCAGCGCGAGGACAUUGUGCCGGGCGGCCAGGCGGCGCUGGUCUCGGCUGUGGGGCGCUACCAGCAGGACAAUCGACAGUGGUCCGCCAUGCUUAGCAUGCACGCCCUGGAGCUCUGCUACACACAGUUCUAUGGCCAGAGUCUAGGCGCCAGCGUUCAGCUGCAGGCGAACAUCCUGAAGCGUCAGGCCAUCUCGAGGCUUUGCUACCAUUGUCACAUGCCAGACGCCGGCUUCAGCUUUCGGGGCGGCAUCGAUACACGCGGCGUCAUCAGCGCCGUCUGCGAGAAGCGACUCGAGCCGUUGCCCAUUAUGUUGCAACUUAGCGGCAAGAUGAACCAUCUCAGCAGUCGCUUUCGCUUCGGCGUGGGACUCAUACUCGGCUAGACUAACAGUGCCUGCCUACAGAGAAAAUUUGGGACUCGAUUGGACCACAGCUUCAACCGAUCUGUCAGCACAACCGGAUGCAAAUCGUUCGGCAACGGUUUGUGUAAUAUAUACAGUUUGUCAAAUAUUUUAGCUAUCAAAUUUGGAAAGGGACCGCUCCCUUUGUAUUAGCCAACUGGUCUGUACCUAAAACUCACCCUCGUAUGCAGACUAAAACUAAAAGAGAACCAAAAAACAAUCUUGGAAAAUUCCGUUUCAUCUCUUUAUUUUAUCAAUGUGUCAAGUGCAACGCUCAAAUUGUCUAUAAGAUGUC